ACGAGAGGUAUCGUCUUUUGCUUCUUGACAUUUUCCAAAAUGGAAGUUUUCACAACGAGUUUUAAUUUCCACACCUUUCUGGCUAUCCGUGCUGUGUUUCUUGUGUUUCUAUUGUCAUUUUCUCUCCAACAUGCUGCAUCAGCUGCUUUUCUUAGCAAUGAAACUGAUAAUCUUGCCUUACUUGGAUUCAAGUCCCAAAUAACCGAGGAUCCAUCAAGAGUUUUCGUCUCUUGGAAUGAUUCUGUUCAUUUCUGUCAGUGGACUGGAGUAAAAUGUGGCCUGAGACACGUAAGAGUCAUCCGUUUGAAUCUCAAAGGGCUGAGGCUGGCAGGUACGAUCUCAGAUCAUCUUGGAAAUCUCUCUUUUCUCAAUUCUCUUGACCUUGCAGAAAAUGCCUUCCAUGAAAAAAUUCCUCAACAACUCAGCAGGCUGCCAAGGCUUCAAUACUUGAAUUUGAGUUUUAACUAUCUAACAGGAGAAAUUCCAGCUAAUCUAUCACAUUGUGUUAAACUCAAGAGCCUUGUCCUAGACCACAACACUCUAGUGGGAAAGAUUCCUUACCAAGUUGGAUCUUUAACGAAGUUAGUGAACUUGUACCUCAGAAAUAACAACCUGACAGGAAUCAUUCCAGGUUCUAUUGGAAAUCUUACAUCUUUAGAGAAGCUGCAUUUAUCGUACAACAAUCUAGAAGGAGAAGUGCCAGUUUCUUUAGCUCGAUUAACCAAGUUGAGGAUUCUUGGACUGUCAGUAAAUAGCUUAUCUGGGGAGUUCCCUCCUCCGUUGUACAAUUUGUCAUCCCUGGAACUAAUAUCACUUUCCCUUAACAACUUUUCUGGUAAUCUCAGAUCUGAGUUAGGCAACUACUUCCCUAAUCUCCAAAUACUUUACUUGGCGAACUGUCAAUUCAUUGGUUCCAUACCAUCCUCCUUGGCCAAUGCUUCAAAAUUGCUAGAGCUUGAUUUUCCUGUAAACAAUUUCACUGGAAAUAUACCUAAGGGUUUUGGUAACUUGCGGAAUUUGUUAUGGCUCAAUGUUUGGAAUAACCAUCUUGGAUAUGGUAAGCAUGAUGACCUUGACUUUGUAAAUUCUCUUACCAACUGCAGCAGUCUACAAAUGCUCCAUUUUGGAGGCAACCAGUUUGGAGGUACAUUACCUCAUUCAAUAGGCAACCUUUCUAGUCAGUUACAACGCCUACUCUUCUUCGAAAAUAGAAUUGGUGGAAACAUACCAAGAGAGAUCUCAAACCUGGUGAAUUUGAAUCUACUCGACAUUGGUUCCAACAAUUUUAUAGGUAGUAUUCCAGAUUCUAUUGGAAGACUUACAAACUUGGGAGCUCUCAACUUGGUUAACAAUCUCUUGACAGGGGUCAUCCCUUUUUCAAUAGGAAACCUCACUGAACUCGUCUAUCUUUAUUUGGGACUUAACAGGUUAGAGGGUAACAUACCUUCAACAUUGGGAAACUGUAACCAACUGCUAAAAUUGGGAUUUUCUGAAAACAACCUGACAGGAACUAUACCACAACAACUUUUUGCUCUCUCAUCCCUCACAGAUAUUUUUGCAUCUAAUAACUCUUUGACUGGUCCAUUACCAGUGGAUAUUGGUAACUGGAAUCAUCUUACUUAUCUUGAUUUUUCUUACAACAAUCUUUCGGGUAUGAUUCCACAAACUCUUGGAAAAUGCUUGACCUUGGGGGAGAUCUAUAUGAAGGGAAACUCCCUCCAAGGAACCAUUCCCAAUUUAGAAGAUUUGCCGGAUCUCCAAUCCUUGGAUCUUUCCCUAAACAACCUAUCAGGGCCAAUCCCUCACUUCAUUGCAAAUCUUACUUCCCUACACUACUUGAACUUAUCUUUUAACAAUCUAGAGGGUGAGGUUCCUGUCACCGGAAUAUUUUCAAAUUUGAGUGCAGAUGUAUUAAGCGGAAACUCCAAGCUUUGUGGUGGGAUUCAAGAGCUUCAUUUACAACCUUGUAUUUAUCAAAAGACACGGAAGAAGCAUGUGCUUGCCCUCAAGUUUAUUUUGAUAAUUGUUUUUGCUGCUUCAUUUUCAAUCCUGGCCUUGUUAGUAGUUUUCCUUUGUAGGAGAAGAAAUUUGAACAAUCAACCAGCACCACAAGAUAGGUCUAAAUCUGCGCAUUUCUACCCCAAUAUUUCGUAUGAAGAGCUCCGCACUGCAACAGGUGGAUUUUCUUCUGAAAAUCUUAUUGGCUCUGGCAGUUUUGGAACUGUUUAUAAGGGAACUUUUCCCUCUGAUGGAACGGUCGUUGCUGUGAAGGUACUCAAACUCCAGCAUGAAGGUGCUUCAAAAAGCUUCUUAGCAGAAUGCCAAGCAUUGAGAAACAUAAGGCACCGGAACCUUGUCAAGGUCAUCAGUGUAUGCUCAAGUUCUGAUUUCAAGGGAAAUGAUUUUAAAGCUUUAGUCUUUCAGUUCAUGCCAAAAGGGAACUUGGACGAAUGGCUACAUCCAGAAAAGGAGAUGAAUGAGAAGAGUAGCUUGACCACACUUCAGAGAAUGAAUAUCAUAAUAGAUGUGGCCUCUGCACUUCAUUAUCUUCACCAUGAGUGCCAAACACCCAUGAUUCACUGUGAUAUAAAACCACAGAACAUUCUUCUUGAUGAAGAUCUCACCGCUCAUUUGGGUGAUUUUGGUUUGGUGAGACUCGUUCCUGAAUUCAGUAAUGAAUCGGAUCUACAUCAGUUUAGCUCACUUGGAGUUCUGGGAACCAUUGGCUAUGCAGCUCCAGAAUACGGCAUGGGUAGUAAGGUCUCCGUUGUAGGAGAUAUGUACAGUUUUGGGAUCCUAAUAUUGGAAAUAUUCACUGGAAGAAGACCCACAGACACUUUGUUCCAAGCAAGUUCUACCCUCCACCACUUUGUAGAAACAGCAUUGCCAGAGAAAGUUAUGGAGAUUCUAGACAAAACAGCUUUUCAUGGUGAGAUGAGUAAAGCAACCUGUGGCGAAGAAUACUGGGGCAAUAUCAAGAAAGAACAGAUGGAAUGCUUGGUUGGCAUACUUGAGAUCGGUGUUGCAUGUUCAGCUGAAUCCCCAAGAGACAGAUUGACCAUGACACAAGUUUACAGUAAGUUGACACUAAUAAGAGAAAAAUUCCUACAAAGGGGAGAUGGAGGGCACAGGCUACAAGUGAAAGCAUUGGAUUUAAUCUAAAAUGGUUUAAAUUCUGUCUACUUGGUAAGAAUGCUUACAUUCUGUCUAUUUGGUAAGAGCAUUAGAUUUGAUGUAAAACUUGAAAUCGCUGUAGUAUUUUCAUCAUGCAGAAGAACUAAGGUAGUAUCAGA